UUUGUUGCUGUUGCAGACUAACGCGACUUCGGGCGCUGUGGAAAAGUUUUCUUCCGUGAGCUGUUUAGUCAUGGAGAUGUAGCAGGGCCGCGAUGAACCGUGAAUAAAGAGGGUUGCAGGUGUUUCGGGUUCCGCAGAACGGCGUCGCGAUAGCCGUGUUCCGCUACGGCAGUCCAAGAGAACAGCGCAACGACGUGGAGAACGGGUGGGCGAUUUGCGGUCGACGGGCGAAUAAGCGCAGCGCGUCGCUGAUGGAAGCAAAACGAGCGCCAUGGAUCUGCACUUGCAUCAUCCUCUUCGCUCGAGCUGGCCCCGGAGCCCCCGGGAAACGUAAAAGAAACCCCAAGUGCUCCGCGGAGCACCGCUUGAGAGCCUCUACGCUAGGGGAAUCGCGUAAGACUCACCUCAUUUAUAUUCUGACCAUAAAACCCGCUGAAACCUUGUCAGAAAGUUUUCGGUUCAGCGACACUGACGACAGUGGGCGGAUUAGGCAGUGA